AUGAACGGGUUUAGAGCGAACACGAAUAGGCAUAAAUGGAAGUAUUUUAAUAAGGGCGGCAACGGGAAUCAGAAUGGAGACAAAGGUAAAUUUAAUCGGAAGGGUGAGACAUACAAAAAGAAUGAAGGAAAAAAAAAUGUGGAAGAAAUUAUAGACUACUUGAUUAACAUUUCGUACAUUUUAAAUGAAAAGUAUGAGAAGUAUUUUGUUCACGAGUUGAAGGAAGAUAAUUUAAAAAAAGGAAAUAAAUGUUUUGGUGCCAUCAACUUGAACUACUCCUACGAUGUUGAAGACGACAUAUGCAUUUUGGUAAAGAUAAAGGAGGAAAUAAAAGGGAGUGAGAAAGAGUUAGCAGAUCAGAGGAAGUGCUCAAAAAUAAUGGAAAAGCUGAUAUACUACUGUUUCUUCCUGCUAAAGUAUAAUGAGAAGGAUGCACAUGAUCAGCAUGAUCACCAGGAUGGGAAGGAUGAACAGAAUGGGAGGAAUGGCAAAAUGAGUAUGCAGUGCAUAGAAAUUUACAACCAUUUUUUGCACGUCAUUUGUACGGACUACAUCAAGUUAGCAUUGUCCAGUUAUGCUUCCCAUUUUGUGCAGACUGUUAUUUGCGUAUAUUCCUUUUUUAAAAAAGUGGAGGAAAAGUAUGUUGAAGAAUUGAAAAAAAGAAACAAAGGGUACCAACCGGUCGGUGUUUACUUCAAAGAAAUUUGUACCAUCACCACGGAGAAGCUAUUCACCCUGAUGCUAAACAAAUCGGGAACGCACGUAUUGAGGUCAUUUUUGUACUCCCUGGGUGGCUACCUAAAUAUUAACAUUUCGAAUAUAUCCUUUAGAAAGUCCAAAGUUAGGGGAACGAGCACAAGGACUGAAUUGAAGUACCUGGACAAAGGGCAAAGUAAGGGUGGAAAAAAGGAACAGGGAGAUGACCUGUUUUACGAGUACAUUGACAUAAUUGUUCAGAAGGUGACGGAGGAAAUUGCCAAUCCGAAGGUUUCCCUCCCGAUGAAGAAUCUGCUCUAUCAGUACAUCUUCUAUGAUCAACAAGGUGUUGGAAACGGUGUAAAAGAGAGUGCUCUUCGUAAUGGAGAUGACCAUGGUGAGCGGGCGGAAGAACCCCUCAAAGAUGACAAGUACGUUAUGGAGAGCCAAAGUCAGCAUUUCAUCCCCCCUUUGUUGUACCACACGUAUGCAGUUCCAGCGUUGGGAACGUUGUUCGAACUGCUGAAGGAGAAAAAUGUGGAAUGCGAUAAAUUAGUGAGAGAAAUAUUUCUAAUCGAAAAAACGAAAAAGUAUUUCAUAAUCAAGACAAGGGAAGGUUGCAAAUGCCAUGAUGAGAGUCCCCUAAAGCAAAUGCUCAGCAUUCUCAUUAAGAUGGAUGGGCCCAGCAUCAUGAUAGAAAAGUUGCUCAAAAUGAAUACUGAACCGAUUUUCUACGUUUUCAAUGUCUACAUUUUAAAAAACAUAAAUAGUCUGGUGUGUGACAAUGCCUACUCCAGCUUGGUCAUGUUCAACUACCUCACAUUGGAACAUGUCACCGAAGAGAUGUUCGACUUGCUCAUGAAAAAUCUGGACAUCGACUUGAUUAUUCGGAGGAAGAAGUUCAACGUUUUGAGGCGCCUGUUUGACUUGUCACAAUGUUACCAGAGGAAUUGCAAGUUGCUACUUAGCGCGUUGCUGCGGUGGUUACGCGUGGGGGGUGCCGUAAACACGGACUGUCGUAAAACUGAUGGUUCGAGUAAUGCCACCGAUGGUGGUACAGCGGAUGGGAAAUUCCUCUGGAUAUGCAUCCUGUGCAUGCGGAGUUAUCAGGACCUGCACCCCGUCAUCCAAAAAGUGUUCACCGGGAAUGAGAAAAAGGAGCCAUGCGAAGAGGACGGCAAGAGUGACCAUAAAGGGGACUGCCCCAAUUUGAACAACUACAAUUUUUACGAUUACAUAAAAGUGGACACAAACGGGUACUACAUCCUGACGCAUAUUUUGUCCUUUCCGAAGGAAUCCAUCACGCCGGUGACGAAUUCGUUCAAGCAGUUUUGUAAUUUUUUAAAAAUUGUAAAUGGGAAUGUAGCUAGCCAGGAGGAUAUAGAAAGGUAUGACAAUUUUGUUCAAACAUUCGGGGGAACCCAUGGGGGGAAUGAAAAUGGGGACAAGGGAAAUGAUGGAGAUGAUGCAGAUGGGCCUGAACGCACAAGGGGAUAUGAUAACUCCCCCCCCAAGGGAGAUGGCAAAAGAGUCAAACCCUUCAUACGGAAAAACGCAGACUUACGAGGAAACAUCCUGCUGUACUUCGCCUGUGAUAAGAACCUGUCCGUCCUGUGCGAAAAGAUCGCACACACAUUUAACUUGAUAAACGAAAAAUAUUUGCGAAAUUUUAUUCUGUUGUUUAAGAGUGAAUAUAAGAGAAUAGCUAGCCAUUAUGUAGGAGCCCACACUAUUGUGACUUUUUUCAAGCUGGGCACCGACGAGGUGAAGAAGAAAAUAUUGGACGCCCUGGUAGAGGGGGACAUCAACGUGUUUAAUGGGUACAUAAAAAACUUCAUGAAGCUGAGGGAAUAUAAAAAGACCAAGACGAUAAGCACGAAUAGUAAGAAGUACCUCAAGGCGAAGGAAAUGUUCCAGGAUAUACUAGCCACGGAGAGGGAGAAGGACGAACCACCACAUAAGCAGGAGGAAGGGGAAGCAGAAGAGGAGGAUUACGUGGACCAAUCACUUGAGGACCACAAUGUGGCCACCUCAGAUGAGGCUCUCUGCCUAGAUUCUGGGGACAAUGAAGAAAAAAAAACUGAUCCCAACGGACCAGCUGCUAGCACGGAUAAGCCUGACGGAGAGGAAGACUACAUGAAUUUGAUAACGGACUUUAUAAAGAACUCCAAAAAGAAGAAUCGCAAGAGGAAGAAGGAAAAGGAGAAGAUAGAGCAAGUGUUGGGGAAAAAGGCCAAGUGCACCUAA